GCCGGGUGGCCGGUCCUGCUCGGGUUCUGAGCCGGGAAGCGGCUGCUUAGGGCGCCCCGCGCGACGGAGGCUGAGAGGUCUGGCUGCGAUGUGUGAAGCCGAGGAGGGAGGCUGCGGAAACGAGACGCAGCCUAAGAGGGCACCCCGGGGCAGGUAGGGGAACGGGGUUGGGCAGGGAGUGAGUGUAGAGGAACGGGGUAGGGGUGGGAGGUGGGGUUGGGAAGAGGCCUUCCCGGCUUGUCCCGUCUGAGCCGCGACUUCCCACUAGGUGUUGUUUUUGCAAUAGCCGCAGAGGCCACAACAGAAGUUAAGAAGGCAGGCUGAAAUGAUGUGAAAAGAUCCACGUUGUGCAAAUCAACAUAACAGUUGUUGUGGUGGUGGUGGUGCUAUCUGCGCACAUUAAAAGACUGUCUGUAGCAGAGUGUUUUUUGGCACUUUAAAUAAUAAGAAAUGUCUUGCAACAGAAGCUUUGUGGACCGAGGUCUGCUUCAUUAGACGUGUGAAAGGGUUGUAUUCUCAUUUAUUACACCUGCCAAUUUAAGGCAGCGCUUAAUGCAUCCAAUGAAAGGGCUUGUAGUCCAGUGAAAGCUUCUGUGAUAAUAAAAAUGUUGCAGUGCAACCUUAGCCAUGUCUACUCAGAAGUAAAUUCUAUUGAAUGCAGUGGGUGAUAUUCCCAGGUAAGCAGAGGUAGGAUUGCAGCCAUAAUCUUUUAGGCUGUUUGGUUAAUAUAAUCAUAUGCCAUUCUCCUGCUUGUAGAGCACCCACAGUGGCUUACACCGAUAAGAAAUGCUACACAACAAUAAUGGUUAUACACUAAUGUUUUUAAUUCCAAUGGCAAACAAUACAAAUUGUACUUUGGAAUCUGAUCUUCCUUUUCUCUCUUCUAAGCUGCCCCUCAAAAUGCAUGAAAUGCAAAGAAGGUUCCCCGGUGUUGAUCAUCCGUGUUGGGGAUGCCUUUUGCAAGUAAGUAUGACGGGCAGCUGUGCCUUCUUACCGGGUUGGCAGCAGACAUGGUUGUCAUUUUCUGAAAGGCUGCUGUGGUCUACAACAAAGCUGCAAACCUUUUUUUGAGGGAUCUGGCUGAUCUUUGUUACAAGUGACAACCUCUGGUGUUGACUCACACAGCAGAAUUUCAGUCAUGGCAUAUUUCUAGACCUCUUUAAUCUCUAUUAGAACUCUUUAAAAAAACAAUUUGAGUUGCUUUUUCUCAAGAGCUAAACACCCAUGCUCACUGUCAGUCUCUCACUACUACCCUAACCCAGAUGUUUCAACCAAUUAUAGUUAAGUGUGGAUCAUAGCUUACACACAUGUGUUGCAUGCAGAAGUUCACAGAUACAGUCCCUGGCAUUGCCUGUUAAAAAGGGUCAAGUGGCAGGUGAUGGGAUGCGGAACCCCACUGGAGACCCUGGAAAGCCUAUCAGGUGGAUGGAAAAUAGUCUGAUGAUAUAAGGCAGCUUCUUCUAUUCCUGCUCCUAAGCAUAGCAUUGUGGCUAAAACAAAAUAAGGCCAAGAUGUUUGACUAAAAUUGCGUUUCUAUUGCAUCUUAUUGCUUUAAUAACAUGCAUUUGUUGCUGAUUCAUAGGAGCUGUUUCAAGGAUUAUUUUGUUCACAAGUUCCGGGCUAUGCUUGGCAAGAAUCGCUGCAUUUACCCUGGAGAGAAGGUCCUGUCCAGUUAUUUUGGGGUGGGCGGGCGAGGGAGCUAACAACUAGAAGUGACAGACAUGUUUUCUAAUACUCCCUUGCAUGCUUUUUAUUUAUUUUUAUUUACUGUAGGUUCUGCUUGCAUUUUCGGGCGGCCCUGCCUCCAGUUCAAUGGUGCGGCAAGUUCAAGAGGUAUUUCCCCAUGACUUCCUAGCAGGGUAAAGACAGAGAAUUUGGGGGUUUAGUAGAGUGGUUCUUAAAUUAAUAUCAUUUCUUAUGCACCCUUCACCACAUGGUUGCAGGGUGGGUUAUAGCAAUCUAAAAAUCAGUAUUAAAAACAGCUUGAAACUGACCCAAAUCUUCUUUCUCAUUCCAGGGCUUGAGCCGGGAAGCAGCCAAGAAACUCCGCUUCAAGCCAGGAAUCAUCUAUGUCGAUGGUAAGCAAUGCUUGCUGGGUGCAUUCCCUUCUAUGUUUGGGAGACUGAAGAGUCUAAGCAGAGGCAGUUUGUUCAAGGUGAAACAAACCUUGCAUCAAAAUGCUUGUACUCUUCUCCAAGGUUUAAAAACAAUACUGCUAAAAAGUCUCAUUUUCCCCUUUUCCUUAACUUCGAGGCAAACAAAUACUCUCUUAGGGUGUCUGUGAAGGUGGCCACAUCUUCAUGGAAGGCAGGAUUGGUGUGGCCAUUUAGAAGGGGAUGGACUGUGGCUUAGUGGCACAGUAUCUGCUUUGUAUGCAAAAGAUUCAGUCCCCAGCAUCUCUAGGUAGAGCUGGGAAGGGCCCUGUUUCUGAGACUCUGGAGUGUCACUGCCAGUCAGUGUAGAGGCCUUGCAGAUGCUGCUGGACUGCAACUCUCAACAUCCCUGACCAUUGGUUCUGCUGUCUGGGGCAGAUGGGAGUUGUAGUCCAAGGGCAUCUGAAAGGCACGAGGUUCUCCACCCCUAGAUGCGCCCAGGCGGGAUUCACACACUGAAAGGCAGCUGUCUUAUAUUCCAAGUGCAAUUUCUGUUGUCAAGCCUAUUUUUCACCAUAGACCGUUACUGUCAGGGAGAGGCAAACAGGAAAAGAUGAAAGGACAGAAACCAGCAGUUAUAGAGAGCCUAAAGAGAUUAUCAGCAGCUUCGCGUCUGACAGUGGGUCUGACGUAGAGGGGGAGGAGGAUGAGCCGGGAACUAGUUAUUCUGUGCACAGAGGAAGUAAGGGGAGGAGUUUUCGCAGACUUGCAUGCUGGGUGCGGAAAAGGAAGAAAAAAGAUUAGAGGCAGCAACUGCGCUCAAGGGGAAGGACGCUAAUUGAAAUGCUGGAGAUGUGCGUUUGAACUUUGUCAAAUAAAUCAAAUUGUUUGGAACUGGCUGGGAGCCCGGAGUCUUAUCUAUGGCCAGCUGGACAGCAUUAAGCCUCUGACAGUUACCAAGCUCAGAGUGACCCUUUCGGCAUCAAAAUUAAUUUGGUUAAAGGUUUUGAGUGAGGUGGCUCUCCAAAUGUUUCAGGUGACUUACACCACGACUCUUGCCCAAGCUAGGUGAAAAUAGGGUGGAAAUCCCCCCCCCCCGAAGCCUGCUCAGCUUGUUUAACUGAUCUCCCUGAUCCUCUUUCUUGCUGUGCAGAGGGAGCUGUGUGCAGACAGAGCCCAGGCAAGCGGGAGGAGAUCCGCAGCCAGAUGGAGAUGAUCCUGCAAGCCACAGGGUUCCCUUAUCACCUGGUGUGCUUGGAAGAGGUGAGGAAAGAUGCACAUGAGGAGAGGCCCGGGGUGCUGUGUCAACCUCUGACCUUGUUGCCGCUUCCUCAUUUCAGUACAGUCAUACCUCGGGUUAAAUACACUUUGAGUUGAGCACUUUUGAGUUGUGCUCCGCGGCAACCCGGAAGUAACAGAGCGCGUUACUUCUGGGCUUCGCCGCUUGCGCAUGCGCAGAUGCUCAAAAUGACGUCAUGCGCAGAAGCGGCAAAAAGCAACGCACGCGCGUAGACGUGCCGUCGCUAGUUAUGUUUACCUCUAGAUGCGAACGGGGCUCCGGAAUGGAUUCCGUUCGUAUCUAGAGGUACCACUGUACGUUGGUGUAUUUUGAGUGGAGUUAGGAAUCUCCUUAGAGAUGCAGUUUGGCUGAUCAGUAACGAAAUAGCCUUAUUACUGUGGAAGCCAACUAGUCCCAUAAGAAAGGUGCAAGAACAGACCCCCUCAUGACAUUUUCAGGCUAAGGACCACAUGUCCGUGAUGAGUGGGGAAGAGGCAAAAGCGGGCAGAGCAACGCAUGCAGAUCUUACCUUUGUGCAGGAGUCUGGUUCCCCACUCCACCUUUUAGAAGAACGGAAGAGGACAGAUUUCCCCAUAGCUUAGAAUUCUCAAAAUAAAUGUUAUCAUAGAACCUAUGAUGUUUUUACAGUCCCAACACUAAACCAAGGCAAAUAAAUAUCAAAGGGGUGUGUGUGGGAAACACUGAUUUUUGUGUUUAAAUGUCUGUUUCUGCUAGUGCUUUCCGUGGCUGACUGCAUGUGCUCUGCCCUUUCACAGGUGUUUGACCUGCCAGGCUCUGUGCUGCACUCCAUUCCCCAUAGUGCCACUGACCACGGCGGCAGCUACAAGGAAGCUGUGGAUGGUUUCAUAAGAUGGCAGCAGCAUGAGAAGACGGCAGGGGACUCAGCAAGCUCCCUGGAGAACCAGCUGGCUAGGCUUAGUGUUCACAGAUCUUCACAGCAGGAGGGACCGCCGGUCCCAGGAACUAGGCCUCCUCCAGUGGCCCAUACUGAAGCACUGACCAAGCUCUUUGGGGCUGUGAAAACCUUGACUGCAAAAGAGGAGCUCCUACAGACUCUCCGGUGAGCUUCUUUGUGGAAGUGACAAAGAUCAUUUUUCUUUUGGCUAGAGUGCUGCUGGACGAGCUCCCAGUAUGCAUUGCUCUCAAAGAUGGGCAUGCCAAGGGUGUUUUGGAGGCUACAUUCGGAGACAUUCCCGUCACCCUCUUGCUGUUUAAUUUAACCUGCUUAAGAGGGGAUGACUGAGUGCUAGAUCCUGGCUAAUCCCAAUAAUUCCUGAAUCCUUGGCAGCUGAAUGGAUGCUGCUAGCACCCCUUUGAGGUUGUGGAAGGAUGACAGGGCUGCUGCAGGUAGAGCAGAGGCCAACCCAUCGUGAGCAGCAACCUCAGGAGCACAAGGCCCUGCAGAGCCAGGACCUAGAGUAUUCUGCUUCACCCUCUCUAGGCUGCCACUUCCGGGUUUGCUUUUCAUGGUCUCUUCACAGCUCCACUGAAUGAGACAAUCCUUGACUGCUUUGCUUGGCAAUUUGAGGUCUGUGCUCCUGGGGAGGGGGCCAGCCGCCUCCCCACUCCUCUUCAUGAGUUUAUACCCUCCAUGAGUUUGUCUAAAAGUGGGCUAGACCAAUUAGUGGAGGCUAAGGCCACUCACCACGAUGGCUGUGCAUUGCGUCUGAAUACCACUUGCUGGGGAUUGCCAGUGGGGGAGAGUCCUGCUUGUGGGCUACCUCUUGGCCACUGUGAAAACGGGAUGCUGAACUAGAUGGGCUUUGGUCUGAUGCAACAGGGCUCUCCUUAUGUUCUUAGGAAUCACCUGAUUCUGCAUGUGGCCCGGACAAGUGGAUAUUCCAAGGUGAUGAUGGGGGACAGUGGUACCCGUGUGGCUGUCAAGCUCUUGACCAACCUGUGCCUGGGACGGGGGGCCUUUCUGGCUGCAGAUACGGUGAGAGCAGGGGCUACAGACUCCUAUAUGUUGGGGCCAGAGAGGCCCAUGUUUCUUACCCUCUUCGCCCUUUGGUGAGAGGUGCAAGCUUCAAGCUGGAGUGGGCAGUGCUGCUCGUGAGGAAUCCAGUCCCUGCUUCCCCUCUCCAGAAAGGACAUUUGGGGCGGCCAUUUCAGCAGCAGGCAUCUGAGCUGCUUAUAAUGGCCUUGCUAGUUAGCAGAAAGACUCUGCACCCCACUCCUGGCCCUGAAGGUAUGUAGAGCUGGAGAGAGGGAAGCAGGGAGUUGUUCCUGACCUCCCAAAGAGUUGCAGCACCAGGUUCAGGGACUAAAGCUGCAAUUCCUGCAUGUGCUUACCUGGGAGUAAGCCCCACUGAACAUGACGGGGCUGACUUCCAAGUACAUGUAUAAUGAAUUGCAUCAGAAGACAAACUGAAGUCUGUUGACAGCACUAGCACCACCACCACUGUGCUUUUCUUUAUUGCUUCUAUAAAAGGAAGAACCGUAGCUCAGUGUCAGAGCACCUGCUUUGCAUGCAGAAGGUCCCAGGUUCAACCCUCGGCAUCACCAGGUACAACUGGGAAUGUCCCCUGCCUGAAACCUCUAGAGAGCAGCUGCCAAGUCAGUGCAGACUCUGGUGAGCCAGAUAGGCUGAUGGUCUGACUCAGGAUAAGGCAGCUUCCCAAGUUCCUAUAUUCUGUUCUUUCCACACCACCGCUUUGGACCACCCAGAGCUAUCCUGUCUCACAAAUGGGGCAACGGAUCAGGCACUUUCUGCACUGUUCACUUUCUCCUUUCCUUGAAAGGGCUUCUCAGACAGUCGCCACGGUGAUGUGCUGUUCUUGCGUCCCAUGCGGGAAUACACUGCCAAAGAGAUUGCCUUCUACAAUUGCUUCUUUGAGGUGCCCACAGUCUUCACGCCUGCGCUGGAUACUAAAGUAAGAGGGACCUACUUCUGGGUGCCUGUAGGGUGACCCCUUUGGGCGCCCUUCCACCAGACCUCCUGGGAGCGAGUAACCUUCCUUGUUGCCCAAGAGUGAUGCCGCUCUUCUCCUCUUCCACAGACCCCCGACAGAGCCAGCAUUCACCGCCUGAUUGAGAGCUUCCUCUACAGGUUGCAGUGCGACUUCCCCUCCACCACCAGCACAGUCUGCCGGUAAGCAACCUUCAGGCUGGGCCAUUCUCCUGCAAGCAACUGCAAGUUUCCCUGCUUCUAGGACAUUCAUCAGCACUCCCCACCCCCGUUGGUUGCAUGCUGAUAAUAUCCCUUUUGCCAGCCUGUUAGUAUUUGCACCCAUUCUAAGCAGGACUGUAUGCAUCAGCGACAGUAAGUGUCCAGUUUCUUCAGGCUGACUAAACCAUGCAAACUGGAAGUUGUCUGUGUGCUUUUAAAACCCACUGGAGUUGCCAGUUCGCUUUCGGGUCCAAUUUCGGGUUCUCACAUUAGUGUUUAAAGCCCUAAGCUACUCAGGCCCCAUAUAGCUGAAAGACCACCUCCUUCCCUACAGACCCUCUUAGGUGCUAAGAUUAGCAGACGGAGCCCUUGUGGUACUCUGCCCUAAGAGGCUUGGGGUGGGGGGUGGGGGGUGGGGGGGUCCAAGAGAGGGCAUUCUCCGUGGCAGCCACUAAGUUCUGGAACUCCCUCUCCAUUGAGGUAUGUCUGGUUCCUUCAUGAUACAAUUUCUGGCAAAUAGUGGAGAUGCGCAUCUUUGCCCUGGGAGGUGUAUAUUUUUAGGAGCCACCUCAUUUCUGCGAUUGUAAGCAGUUUUAAUACUGUGUUUUAAAGUUGUAACCUGCCCUGGGACCUUAGGGUGAAGGGUGGAUGAUGAUAAUGAUAAAAGCCCACUUAUUCUUCAGGGCAGCAAAGCCGCACAUCUUGAUCCCCACAUCCCUUUCUGAAUUCUUGAGACCAUGACAUUUUCCUCUCAAGGAAUUUAAAGUUUCCUUCAGCCACCAUUAAAGCCUAGAAACUCCAGGUUGUAUCCAACUUAAUUUUAUUUACAAUAGACCUGUUGAAAUGUAUGGACCUAAAGAAGUCCACUAACUCCAGAGGGUCUUCUCUUGAGUAGGACUACACUGGUUACAACCCUUUUUAAUCUUAAAAUGAGUGUGUUGAGAUCAUUGUUGCUUUCUGGCGGCUUAACUCUGCCAGUCUCACAUACUGUCUGCCGAAUACAUCCAGACGUGGAUUGUGUGAUUUCUCCAUGUGAUGUGAGACCAGCUGGAUGGUGCACAGAAGGCCUGAGAGGCAAAAGCAAGAUGGAUAAUAGGAGGCAGAAGGGCUAGCCAUGUCUUCCCAGCCCUCUUCUUGAUGCCCUCUCCAUCCUUUCUGCAGGACAGGUGAGAAGCUUUGUGUGACUUCCCCAGAGGCUGAUCCUGGUGGACCCACAGAAACACCCCAGUGCCUCUUCUGUCUCUGCGCCUUGGACACCAAUGCUGGUAUGUGGUGGCCUUGUGAACCUCAACGGGAAAGUUCUUUUUCACUUCUUUAAGAAGGGGAUGCACCUGGAUGUGGUUCUACAAAGUCAGAAAUUGGAGAACCGGAAGGACUUCAAAAACUAGCUUGACUUCUGCCUCCCACCACAAGCCACAGUCACCCACUCGCCAGCCCGCCUGUUCUAAGCUGCAGGGCGUCAGAAGUUUCUCCUCCUGGGCUGCCCUACUCAACUGCCAUAGAACUAGUGAUCUUGCCACUGGGAUACCUGCCUCCUGAGUAACAUCUAGAGCAGUCUUUUUGUCCCCAGAUGUUGGACUACAACUCCCAUCGUUGCUGGCCACUGGUCCCUUAAGCUAGGGACGAUGGGAGUUGUAAUCCAACAUCUGGGGCCCCAAGGUUGAGAAAGGCUGGUCUACAGCAACCUUCUCCAUCCUGGUGCCCCCUGGAAAAUUGGUGGACUCCCAACUCCCAGCAUGUCUAAAUGACAGGGAUUAUGGGAAUUGUAGUACAGUGACAUCUGGAGGGAAACUGGUUGGGGAAAGCAGCAGGAAGCCUUAUUUUCCAUGACUUCUUUUUGUAGACAAAUUCAUGAAAGGAUAAGACUGUUCAUGGCUGCUAGCCACAAUGGCUGUGUUCUUCUUCCACUGUUGGAGGCAGCAUGCCUCUGAAUACCAGUUGCUAGAAACUGCAGGAGAGGAGAGGGCUCUUGCCCUCUUGCAGGCUUCCCUUUGGGUUGCCACUGAGAAGAGGAUGCUGGACUAGAUACACCACUGGCCUGAUCCAGCACGGCUGUUGUAACAGCAUCCUUCUAGCCUGUUGAACUCCCUGGGUACAAAGAAAGCAAGACUGUCUUUGCUUACAAAGCUUAGCCACUUGGGGGCGACAGCUAAAACUCUCUCUGCCACUGAGGACAACAACUCAGCCUCUGACUCUGCUUUCCCUUUCCUCCCCAGUGGACGGCUCCUCCUUGCAGUCGACGGUGCUGUCAGAACAGCUCUGCCAGAAGCCACUUCCACCAUCCACUGGGAACGGCUGCUGUGGAGGGGCCUCGAAUCAGACAGGAUGUUGCAGGGCCCCUCUGGCACCAAGGUAAGCAGGGAUGCUGGAUCCAGAACAGAUAGCUCCACAAACAACUUAGCCUUGUAUGGGUGGGGGGACUCCUUGCCCCCAACUUGGAUGGCUUUUAAAAAAGGGCUGGAGGACAAAGGCUAUGAACGACUACCAGCAACAGUGGCUCAGCUCCGACUCCACUGCAGGAGUCAAAGAUGCUUCUGAAUACAAGUUGCUGAAAAUCACAGGAGGGGAGAGCUCUUGCGCUUGAAUCCUGCUUGCCAGUUUCCCCCAGGCAUCUGGGUGGCCACGAUGAGAAGAGAACACUGGACUAGAUGGGCCAUUGGCCUGAUCCUGCAGGCUCCCCUUAGGUCUCUUGUGCUUCUAGACCAGGGGUGGGAAACCCUUUGGAGGGCUGCAUGUCAAUGGCCAGACGCAAAUGCAGGUGGAGCAACCAAUGUAAAUGUUGCCUUUGUGAAAUUAUUCGAAGACCCCACUCUAUUAAAGGAAGUGAGAGGUAUUAUCCAAGUUCAAGAAGACACGCUCACCAAGCAGGCCAAAGCACUUGGGGUGGGUGGGUGUGAAGCAAGUUCACUUCUGCUGUACUAGAAUCAUAGACAUCACCUGCCCAGACUUGAUCCUCUGCCCUCCUGCUCUGUUCUCCCCUGUAGAGAUUCUUCCCAGCUUCUCCCAUUGCUCUGCUACAGCUGCCGCCUGACCAUCAAAGACAUGGUAAGUGCAGAGAGGUGUGGAGCGCACAAUUCCUCCUACUCUAAUGCUGCAUUUUUCUGGGCUGUCACAUUUCCUUUCUGUUCAGAGACUACAGGCCAGUUGGCUGCCUCUGUCACCAAACUGCUGCUUCCAGACGAGUGGAUGAAGCUAUCCCAGUUGAGUUUGAUGGGUGGGAGAGUGUUGCGGCCUUUGGGAAGGGGGAGAGAGGAGUGUUGUGGGCCCAAGCAGAGUGCAGCGAGAUAGGGCAUGGUCUGCCGCUUGAUUUGGAUGAGGAGGCUUGGCCUCAUGAGGACUCAAACUCAGGGCAAAGAGGAAAGGCCACCUACCCUUUUGUAUUUUCUUUACCAGACUAGGGAUGGGCAUGGGCUCUGCCAGGCCUAAGGGAUGGUCAGGCAUUCAUCACAGUGAAGCAUCUGCUCUGAAUUCUGGAAGUGUUCAUUCACCCCAACUUCUUUCCUCCUCUGCAGAGCUCAUUGGAGCCUCUCCCAGCCUACAUCCACUUGGAGGCAGAGCGCCGGCGAUGCAGGUACAAGCCACACACUCUGCAGAGGAGGGGAUAUGUGCAGUGGGAUACAUAGUUCAUCUCUGAAUAGAAGCACUUAUAGGAAGGGCAGGGAAGAGCAUAUUGAAGUGUGUGUAUGAGAAAGAGACCAAAGAGACCUCAAAUCAGGCUCAUUUCUCCAUGGAAUCACUCUGGGUGGCAAGACCAGGUCCCAAAUUUAUUUAGUGCUGGGGAUAUACUGUUGUGCCCCGUCCCCUUACCAAAAGGUGCUCUUGAGACAGAAAAGGAAAUCACGGAGAUAUCUAAAGUUUUGUGGUUGCGGUUGUGGUUAUGUAGGUUGGAUAAAUGUGUAUGAUGAAGAGAAAUUUGAGAUCAAAGCAUGUAUUCCUGCAGUAGCACACGGGGCAGGAACUAUAGCCCCAUGGGUUAGAGAUGACCCAAGGGUCUGUCAAAGGCUCAGAUCCUGUCUUGGCAGCCAUGGUCAUAUUUGGUCAAGUCCUCUGCUCAUCCCCAGUACCUGUCAAAUGACAACCAGAUAGACUUAAUGUUGACAAGGGUUUUAUCAGACCAAGUUGUGAACUGCAACGCUGAUUUGCUGGAAUUACCAGUCUCCGUGGGGCACGGGGAGGAUGCUUCUUGUGCUGAUUCUCACUUAACCACCCACUCUCCCUGUUCAGGUCCCAUCUCCACACAUACACCCCAAACAGCAGCAGCUUGUCAUAGGGGUCUCCUUUGUGACUUUACCAGCUUCCAGCCAGCUGAAUGAGAGUUGCUGAGGAACCAGAAACGUUCAGGUGUAGAGACUGGUGUGUGUUUUGUUCCUGCAGGGCUGCAAUGAAGCAAGAAAUCCAGGAGUUCUUGCUUGAAGAAGAGGACAGUGAUGCUGCUGAGGGCCUUCCCCUGAGCUGAUGACAGGUUUGCUGAGCUCUGGAGAACCAGAGUAGAACACCCAAUGCAAGAAAGCACCCCCUCUUGGCUCUUAUUUGACCUUUUUUUCCUUCCUGAAUUUUAUAAGUUUUCUAACGCAAAUAAAUUAUUCUGAAGCCACCAGCAUCUGGCUCAGUGAUGCUACA